AUUCUGCUGUUUGGUAGCUUAGCCCGAAUGUGCCUCUAAAUGUGCUAGAAACGCGAGGUUAACCAAAUUUCGGACACACUCUUUGCAUUGAAUGUCAUGACCUCCCCACCAUGGCGGACUAUCACCUUAUGUUGGAAUUUAACGUCUCGACCGAAAAGGACUGUCGCUGUUUCUGCAGCUCCUGUUGUUAUUGUAGCUAGCGCCCGUGUUAGCUAAAUGAGCUAACGCUGCUGUUUUCACUUCCAUAACCGAUUCAUUGCUGCGGGGCAGUAAACCGCAAAAACAAGGUAACCCCGCUGCAAGCUGCAGGCUUUAACAUCUAACCCGAAUAAUGUUUAUGUUACGUUUUUCAGCUCGCUAGGUAAUCGGCCUGAGCCAGUCUUUGAGGAAAAGGUUGCAGUGUACGAUAUGCUGACGUUAUAUUUUAUAAGUAAAAUAAAGAUCUACCGCUGCAUGCUUUGAAAAGAAACUCAGUCAAAAUGUCAUGACUAGCUGAGGUUAGCUAACACACCUAACGCUGCCUGCAGACCAGCUUGAACAACUAGCUGGCGUUGUUGCUGUCUACAUGUUUUGAGAUGGAGCAGCAGACAGCCAGCGAGACAACUCUCGCUCUGCACAGCACAUCUGUCUGAGCUGAACGCCUGUGAGAGGAGAAACCAUGUCUUGCAAAGCCGCGACCAAGGACAAGAAGUCCAGCUUCAGCAAGAAGCUGUUCAGGAGAGGCUCAGUGCGAUCUGUGGGCAGUUUUAUGAGCAGAGUCCUGAGGACACUGACAGCGUUAUCCCACUUUGGAUCCGAAGUACAAAACGAGGAUGACAAAGAUGAUGGAGGGUUCUCCACUUUUAAAUCUGGAAGCAAAGAUAUGCCCAUUGAAGAUGGGGACCUGGGGGGCUUCCUGUCCGGGGAGAGAGUUCCUGGAGUGUCGGGUCUGAAAAACCACGGGAAUACCUGCUUUAUGAAUGCAAUUCUGCAGUGCCUCAGCAACACUGAACUCUUUGCUGAGUACCUCGUUUUGGAGCACUAUAAAGGCGAGGAGCUGGAUGAGGACAAACCAAAGACAAAUGGCGUGCAUUUGCAGAAGAAGGGUCCUCUGGCCAAAGGAGAAGUUACAGAGCAGCUGUCAGGACUUGUGCGGGCUUUAUGGACGUUUGAGUACACCCCCCAGCAUAGCAGGGACUUCAAGAAUGCUGUGUCAAAAAAUGCCACGCAGUUUAAAGGGAACGCUCAGCACGACGCUCAGGAGUUUCUGCUGUGGCUGCUGGACAGAGUGCAUGAGGACCUCAACACAGUGAACCCCCACAGCAGGCCUCCUAUAAAGCCUCCUGUUGAAGAAGAUGACCAAAGCAUAGAGGGUCCUUCUCCUCCCCUCUCUGCCGGGUCCUUUGUGCAAGAACUGUUUCAGGCUCAGUACAGGUCUUCUCUUACCUGCCCACAUUGCCAAAAGCAGAGCAAUACGUUUGAUCCCUUCCUCUGUAUCUCCUUACCAAUCCCGCUGCCACACACACGGCCCCUCUAUGUGACCGUGGUCUACCAGGGAAAGUACUCUCACUGCAUGAGGAUCGGAGUUGCUGUUCCUCUCAACAGCACCGUCUAUCGUCUCAGAGAUGCUGUGUCACGUGAGACCAAGAUCCCAAUGGACCAGUUUGUUUUGACCGAAAUGUACUACGACGGCUUUCAUCGUUCGUUUUGUGAUGACGACGAUGAUCUUGACAUCAUUCAAGAGAGCGAUUCCAUCUUUGCCUUUGAGACACCUGAGACCUUCAAACUGGAAAACAUACGCACAAAAAGAGGAAGUCUUCUGGCAAACCUGAAUCAUAACAACUUGAAGUACGGAACAGAAAUCAGCAGGACUCCAUCUUUCAUGCAGGGAGCCAUGACACCUGUAACUGCAUCACCUAAUAAAAACCUUGGACCAGAAAAAAUGAUCCUUUUGGUGUGUAACAGAGCAUGUACUGGCCAUCAAGGAAAGAGGUUUGGCCUGCCUUUUGUACUGUACAUGGAGCGCACUGUGACCUGGGAUGCUCUACAAAAAGAGAUCCUGGAGAAAAUGCGUCAUCUUUUGAGGCCUGGGGUCUACAUUCAGGUUGGACCUUUCAGUCUUCGGGUGGUUGGCGUAGUUGGCAUCACCUACCUCCUUCCCCAAGAUGAGCGACCACUGUGUCACCCAACUGUGGAAAGAGCAUACAAGUCCUGUGGACAAGGCGGACCACCACAUGUGAAGAUUGUGGUUGAGUGGGACAAAGAAACCAAGGAUUAUCUCUUUGGGCACACUGAGGAAGAGUAUAUUCCAGAUGCUGAGAGCGUCUAUCUGUACAGAGAGCAACACCAUCAGCCUCAGGCCUGCACUCUCGCUCAGUGCUUUCAUCUCUACACUAAGGAGGAGCAGCUGGCCCCAGACGAUGCUUGGCGCUGUCCCCACUGCAAGCAGCUGCAGCAAGGCCGUAUUAAGCUCAGCCUGUGGACCCUGCCAGAUGUGCUCAUAUUGCAUCUCAAGAGGUUCAGACAGGAGGGGGACCGGAGGGUGAAGAUGCAGAACAUGGUGAGGUUCCCGCUGAUGGGGAUGGACAUGGCUCCUCAUGUGGUUAAAAGAAGCCAGAGCAGCUGGAGUUUGCCUUCCCACUGGUCGCCGUGGAGACGGUCCUAUGGACUAGGGAGAAACCCCGAUGACUACCUGUAUGACCUGUAUGCUGUGUGCAACCAUCAUGGGAAUAUGCAUGGAGGCCACUACACUGCUUACUGCAAGAACUCCAUCGAUGGUCAGUGGUACUGCUUUGAUGACAGCGAGGUUUCACCAGUAGCUGAUGAUGAUGUGUGCCAGCAGACAGCCUAUAUUCUGUUCUAUCAGAGGAGGACAGCUAUUCCUUCCUGGUCGGCUAACAGCUCUGUUGCUGGUUCAACUAGUUCGUCCCUGUGUGAUCACUGGAUCAACAGGUUACCUGGCAGCAGGCCUGCUAGCUUGGCCUCUGGAGCCUCGUCCAGGCGCACCUCUCUGGCUUCACUGGCUGAGUCAGUUGAGUUUCCAGGAGAACGUAGUGAGGAUGAUGGAGGAUUCUCUGUCCGCCCUUUUGUGAGAAGCAUUCAGCGACAGAGCUUGUCCUCCAGGUCAUCCAUAGCGAGCCCUUUGGCCUUCAGCGACAGCGGGAUAAAGCCGUCUUGGUCUCUCUCUGCCAAGCUGCACAUGAGAUCCAACUCACCCUCACGGUUCUCACUCGACUCUCGAUGCUCCCCUCCUCUAGAGAGGAUAGGAGAGGCAUGUGACGACAAGGUUUCCACGUCCUGUUUUGGCAGCUACAGUAGACAUGAAAGAUACUUUGGCAGCAGGACUCCCUUGUCUAUGAUGGAGAGCAGCUUCACUGACCAGGACAAUAAAAGGUUCCUGGACAUGAUGUACUGCAGGGCUCCCACUCCAGUGGAAAAGAAGAGCACCAAAAAUGAGCCAACUGAAAACAACAACCAGAUUACAGCUAUAGACCAAAACAUACUACCCACCCAAGCUACUCCCUCCAAAGAACAGAAACGUAAGAGUAGUAUCGGAGGAUUUAACUUAAAGGCAGAAAGCACAGGCUCCUCAAAGGGUUCAAGCAAAGUGGAGCAAGAUAAAACCUCCAAAAAGCGACUGUGCUCAACCCAUAAGACCGCCGCUUCUGAGACGUCUUCCAGUACACCCGUGAAAGGCAAAAAGCUAAGCAAUACUAAAGAGAAGAGUGUAAAUGCUAAGAAGAGCACCUCAACACCCAGUGGAACUCCCUCCAAAACAAAGGAGUCAACCCAACUCCCAGAGGGUACGCCAAAACAUAAGCCAUGUCUCGGCUCCACACCUCAGUCCUCAGCUUCACCCUCACCAACUGCAAAGAAGAACCUUAGUGUUGCUGACAAAAGCACCGCAAGCAGCCGGAAACGACUAGUAGAAAGGAGCUACAGUAGAGAUUCUAUGCACACAAGCCCUCUGGUCGACAGCCUCCGAGGCAGCUCAGUAGCCCGCACUUCACUUUCCAAGAGUGGGGAAAGCAACCGGCCUGAGAGGAGAUCUGUGAGGAGUUCCAGUAGCAGUUCUUCUGUCACUAGCCUGCGCUCACCCAGCGUUUCCGCCAGAGACCUGCAGCGUAGCAGCAAAUCUGAGGAAAAAGGAUUGUCUUUCUUCAAGAGUGCCCUCCGACAAAGGGAAAGCCGCCGGUCGGCUGAUUUAGGAAAAAGCACCCUGCUUACCAAAAAGGCCUCAGAGCGGACAUGCAAGCAGAACGGACAAGCCAAGGAGAUCGGUGGUGAAAAUGGAAAGACAGGAGACGGCGCGUCUUUGCAGACGUCUACAGAGACUCAUGGAGGUGAGACAAAGUCCGAGACAAAAGAGUCUUCCAAGCCGCCCAGCUCUCUCAGCCGCACUCUGCUAGGCAAGGCAAAGUCUUCCACUUCCGAUGUAAGUUGCAAGUCUCCUUCAAAUGGGAAGAAGCCUCUCGAAAGGAUGGCAUCUUCCCGAAAGCUGUCAUCAAGCAUGCAAUCUCCUGCACGAACAACACAGCGGCCUCAAUAAUACAUUUAUAGUAGUUCUAUUAAACAAACAUAAUGCAGCUAUUUUCUUUGUGCCUGAGUUUCAGUGAGCACCAGAUAUAUGUGAGACACAAUUUAUUUGAUGUUAUGGUUUUGUAUAGUGGCAUUAGAUGCAUAUGUUGGCUUUGAGGUUUGAAUAUUGGCAGCCAGCUUUGAGUAUUUUCACCUAUUUGAAAUAAACUCAUUCAAAUUCGUCUGCAUACCUGGGUGCCUAGCAUUUGUGUGGUAUGCUGCCGAUUUAGUGUUUUUACUGUAGUGUAUACCACAUCUUUGAGCAUUAGGUAUGACUUUGAUUGUAAGUGACAGGCACAGAGGGUCCCUGAGCAUGCAAUAUGCAGUUCAGCUGUACAGCACAACCCAUUUGAUUGUGUGCGGCGAGGACCUGCAUGACAGAAUUCCCUAGUUGAAUCUUGAAAUUCAAGUUGAUUUAAAAUGCAGCAGCUGAUACAUUAAAAAUUAAGGGGUCUGAGAAAUACUCACCUUCACAACAACGCAUAUUUUGGCUUGUAUAGUAGCAGUUUUAACUGACAAAGACUCAUUGUUCUGGCUAAGAUGGAAAAAAGCUGGCUGUCGAUGCUUGAAUCCCGCUGCUACCGGCAGAGAAAACAGAACCGUAACAUCAAAAUUAGCCUGUAACAAAUACUGAAACAGAGUUGCUGUUUCACAGACAUGCACACGGACGCAAAAGAGUUUCAUUCCGAAAUAUUUGUGGCUAAUCGUUGAUAGUAGUUUUCCUUAAUUGUUUUGAGCCUAUCAAUUUGACCACUGGUAAGUAACACUUUCUCCAUACUCCUUAUGUAUCGAUCAAAAAGGGUCCUAUGAGUGUUUCUUUUUGUCAAACGCUGUUGAGAAAAAGACCUUAGUAGACUAUAUGUAACUUUUAAGUAAUUUUACACUACAUGUCUUGAGAGCAUCUAGCAUUGAUGCAGAGCAGCAGGAACAAAUGAGUCUUAAAAUAUUAAAAGAAUACUUGUAAAAUACAUAGAUGAUGGCAGGCCCAGGACCAAAACAGAACAGGAUGAGAAAGAAUAAGAAUCGGUCUACAAAUUGAGAAAGUUUCCAAUAUUUGAAAACUUAAUUAUUUUUUUUAAUACUAGUACUUUUUUGAUAGAAAUGUAUUUUAUUAAAUGUUUAUUGAAGUUAAGUACUUUCUCCUCAAAAGGGAUAGUGUGUUUUGGAAUGAAACCCUUUAAAAUCAAAGAAUAUAAAUAUAUGUAGAUGUGUCUGUACAAAUAUUGACAGAAAGUAUAUGGUAUAUAACCCAUUUUUUUCUUUUCCAUGAGCAAGAUGAAAAUAAUCUUAAGCGCCUUUAAAUGCUGUACAUGGAAACAAAUAAUUGCCUUUGGCAACAUAGUAGUCUUCUACUGUAUGCAUCACUGAGUAGGAAUGUUAUUUUGUUCGCACUUUGUAUAGAUAAAGUAGUAUGAUAAUUAUUGUGUAAUUAAUUAUUUCAAUGAUUUCAAGACAUAUCGUAAAGCAGAGUCAACAGGCCUUAGACUUGAAAUGGUAAAAGGGUACAUUCAUCUCAAUGUUUCAGGGGUCAUUUUACAUAAAGAAAUCACCCCUUUAUUACACCUGGUGCUGUAACAAGCCACUGCUCCACUGGCACUGAUAUUUCUUAAUGAGCAUACUUAUAAAUGUAGAUGUUCAGAACUGUGACCACACACUUCAGUGAACUAGAAACCUGUUAGCAGUGUUUAUCAUAACCUGUGGUACCUCACUGGAGAAUAUUAUACUUUGCCAUUUUUCUUCAUCAGCCUGAAUCAGAAUAUUGGGAAUGAGCCAUUAGAUUAACAUUGUCUUUGAGCAGUUGUUGUCCAAAUAUGGACCUGUAUGCUGAACUUUAGGAACUAUCAGACGCUGCAUGGCAUGUUUGUUUUGCAGUCAAAUGAUAGAAGCGAAGGCAGAGCCAGAAUAUUACCACUGCAGCUGUCAUGAUGCUUUCUGGCCCUAUUUUGUCUCAAUUAAUGGCAAUACUCAUACAUUAGAUACCAGCACAGCGUAUAUUUUUAAAGAGUGAAUGUGGUCACGGCAUUAAAAUCCAAAUCAUGAAAUCUAUUUGACAUUAAGCAUUAACAUAAUCUUUGAGUUAUAGAUCUACAGUAUUUCUCUCACUAUUUCUCUGUAGCAUCUAUCAGGUUUACAGUGGUUCUCAGAUGGUUUUAGAGGAAAUACCACUCACUUUAAACAGACAUGUUUGUUAUUUAUUGGCCUGCACAAUGUUUUAGAAUUUGACAGCAUAUUUUUACAUUUGAUGAAGUAAGAAAAAUACCUGUAGGUAACAUAGUUAUGUCACUGAGCUUUUUCUGGUGACUUUUGCAAAAGUUUGAUAACAAGGUAAAUGCUACUGCGUAUUUUUAGAUUCGCAACAAGCUGUUCAUCAAUGCACAGCUAAAAUUUCUAGAAAAUGACACAUUUAACCCAAUUUUGCCAAGGAGGUGGAGUAAUAAUAAUGAUUGCCAUUGGUUUGUCUGUCUGUUAGCACCAUUACUCAACAACAGACUAACGAAUUUGGACAAAAUUUUCCAGGAAGGUCAGAAAUGACACAAGAACCAAGUGAUUAGAUUUUGGCCAUGAUGUGGCUUAUAGUCUGGAUCCACCGAUUUGUUAAAGAUUUCUGUACCAUUGCGAGAUAGCGACAGAGUGUUACUGUAACUAUGACAAGAAGUGAUCACUAUGUGAUCACAUGAUUGUGAUCCUACUACAAAUCUACUACUGCAGACUUAUUGGGAUGUAUCCGUUGGAAAUCAUACAAGGAACAACUGAUUAAAUUGUGGGGGUGUUUCUGAGUCUCAUCAAUUCCUGCCCCCCACUACAUAUGUAGGUCAUGUGAUUUGGUAUCCAUACAUAACGUACACAUGCAUAACACACGCCUGUGCUCAGCGUAAUGUCAUUUUGUUUGUGGGUGCAUCUAUAUUAUGGCCACAUUCUAUUAUGCCACGACUUUAUUCAAGAUUUCAGCCGUCGGAAAUGAUACGACUGAGCAGCCUUGGCAGAGUACUGCGCUCUCUGAGUGCUUUUCUUGUUUGAAAUCUAGAUUGUUGGUGAAUAAAAUAUGUGAACACUUAAAUUUAUUAACUGCUCAAACCUACUGUGACAGCGAUAGAACAACAAAAUACAUGGCAAACAAAAAUUAUUUUUAUUUGCUUAUACCUUUAGUGUCCUAAAAAAUUCCUCCCCCCAAAUUUCUUCCCAGGAUAAGAAACCAGUCUCAAACCUGACACAUCUGAAUUGGAUUUCAGUGAUACCCAUCGAAACAACUUAUUAGUGUACUGUUUAAUUUAGUGAUUUUCAUCUGUGCGUACUUUGGUAGCAAGCGGUCUCGAAAUCCUUCAACAUCCCAACUGUACAAAAAUAUCCAAACGGUGGUGUUACAGGUCAUAGAAAUAACAUACAGCUGUUUAAAUGAGGUGGUAUUCCUGUAGCUGCUCUUUUCUACUUAACAUUAUAACCUAUCAGGAACCUGUGCAUGGCACUUUGGAUCAAAGCAGGACAAUUUUAUGUACAUUUGGCUUUUAACUGUCUUGUUUGCCUGUUUAAAGUCUGUAAUGAAGUUGUAGUAGUGGGUAGUGUGUAUAUUAGAGCUGGAUCGUGCCAUUACUCUUACUUGUUUGUCCUUUAUCUACUUGCUAGAUAAACAGUUUAAUCUAAUAUUAAUCCAUUCAUGUAGCCAAAACCUAGUGCAUUAGGAUGGGAUGCCCCUUCUCUUUUUUAACAGGAGCGCAUUGUAAGCAAGGUUCGGUAGACAAUCACAGUCAGGGUGGUUUACUUUUAAGUAUAUUGUUUGUAAUAUAUAAAUAUGGGUCCCAAUUUGAGGUCACAUUAUUUCCAGUUGCUUUUAUGUGGCUUUUUUUUUUCUGUACAGAACAAAACACUAAAAGCUGCAGCCUGUUCCCUUGUUUUCCGACCAUUUUUGUAACCGCCACAUUGCCAAUAUUAUCGUUUUGUUUUCACAGCAUGUACGAUUAGAUGAGACCUGGUGGUUUAGCAGUUAAGAUUCUAAUGGCAGGCAGAAAUUUGGUGGUGUUAUACGGUGGAAAUUGUUGAAAAGAGGUCUGUAGCCUGUUGAAAAGCUGUUACAAACCUGCUGCCAAACACGAAACUGGUAGCUUCCAAAAAAAUCUACCAUCGGAUAGAUGUUUGUUUGGUUUUUUUUGCAGUGGUUGAGCGAUAUCCAAUGUUUAUUUUAUGGUUUGGUGCUCAUCAGUUAGAUCACCUUUUUUAAGCCUCAAAAAGGCCAGAAAAGUUCUGCACUCCAUAGAAUUUAAUCCACACUAGUUGAGACAAGAUGUCAAAUUCAGGGUAAAAGAGUCAUUGAAACACCAUCUUCCCAUCAUUGAUUUUAAUCUCUCACUUAAAUCACUGCAGCUAUCGUCUGCAGUUUUUAUUUUUGUAAAUUUCUUGUCAAUGUACAAAUCCGAGAAUGAUUAAGGAAUGCAGUAUUGCAUGUAAACGCUAAUGCAUGUAUUUUAUAAACUAUGCAAAGAACCUGCAGCUGUGUAAAGUAGAAAGCAGAGCAUGGCUGGUAUAUUCCAUCGCUUCAUUUGCACACCAUUCCAAUAUUUAGAAAGCUGUAAAAUACAGAAUAUUUCAUCUGUACUUAAACUUAAAAGUCAUUGCCUAUAUUACAAAAAAAAUAAUUACUUAAUGCCAUAACUGCUUUUGGCAUUCUACCAUUUAAUGUUAAUAGUUUCUGAUUAUUUUUUUUUUUCUUCUCACUUUAUUUUUAUGAAUUCUGCUGAUCUGUGCUCUCUGGGUGCUCCUACCAAACUGGUAGGUUAUUGUCUUUGUUGUUGAAUAUUUACUGUUGUACACCAGCAGAGACAACACUAUGGAUACGAUAAUCUCUAUGUGGUUAGUAAAUAGACUCACUAUGUAUGUAUGUAUUGUGAUAAAGCCUUCCAUUACUUCACUUCAGUGAUAAACAGUUUGUGAGCCUUUGUUGCCAUGUUCUCAGCUGCAUUGAAGAUGUGGUCAGUCUCUAAUAUAAAAAACUCAAAUAGAUAUAUGUAGCUAAAUGCAAUAAAGAAAGAUAGUGAAUUUAUAGUUUUAUAAUACAGUACAUAAAGACAUUAAAACAUUCAGUUCAUACUUUUUGUAGUACUUACAUCAAUCAUUUCAAUCAUGAUGUAAUUUUUAUUAUUUCUUAAAUUCUAAACCGACAGAACAAUAACUUCCAAAGCAGUGCCACACUUUUGUUUCUUUCCUUUUAUUUUUAUAAUGACCUGAUAAGUGCAACAUUAAUCACUUUAGUUAAAAUGCAUAGAGGCUUUCCUGCAGAAUUUAAUUAAGAUUAGAGAAUCCUGCAUUGAAUUAUUGUUGUGACAUGGCUGUUUUGUUAGCAGAGUCAUGCAAAGUUCCACUUUUUCAAGGGUAAACUUUUAAGAUUAACGAUAUUACAUGCAACACAUCACAGUAAGCAUUUUACCGCCGAAUCAAGGUUGCAGUAACCGCUAAAACUGAAAUACCACAAUCCUGUUCCAAUCCUCCAGGCUUAAGAUGCUGCACAUGCCGUGGAACUACAGUAAUAAAGCUGUACGGAUGUGGUGAAGUGGUGUCCUCAGUAUUAAAAGACUAGUGAGGCUUUAAGAGGCUUGUGAGGGCAUUUUGCAAAUGUAAACACUACAAGUAGAGGAGACCGAAACUUUUCAGAAGCCUUAAGCAAAAAACUCAUUGUUAACGGACAGUUUCUAGGAUGAUACAGAAACUAAGGAGCUGUGUAUCGAAUGAAUGUCAUGUCUCAUUUUAUUGUUUAAGCUAUUACAAAAAACAGAAAACACUACAAAUGCACAGCAUGUUUCUCCUUUUACUUUUUGUAUAACUCAAAAUGUUUUGUAAAAUACGGUAUGUUGCAUUUAAUGAGAUUUCUUUUCACUUUUCAAGUGUAUUUUUCUGUAUUCCUUGUUCUUCCAGGUUCAUGAGGUUUUUAUUGACUUCUAUGUUGUCUGAAAUGACCAAAUGUUUUUAGUUUAUUUCAUCUCAUUUUACUUCAGAGCCUCUGCUCCAGCGUAUUCCUGUUCAUUUUUAAUUUAUGACUGUUUUGACAUUGUGCAGUCUCAAGUUCAUUGGACUGCCUCAAAGUCUUCUGUGUUAAUUUAUUUGUCUUUUUUUUUCACCAUAUAUGCACUUUUAUGUUUUUUUUCCUCAGAAAGGACAAAUGUGUAUAUACUUUGUUGGUUUACCCAUGCAAGUACAAAAUGAAAAAUCUGAUUAAAAAUACUGAAACUGUUA